AUGGCCAUUCUUAAGUUUUCAUUCUUUUCUAAACAACAAGAUGCAAAACCAUGGAGUUUUCCUGAUGAAUCGCACGACGAGAUACAUAAAUAUUUGUACAAUAGGGAAUUAGGAUUAAAUACGGCAAGGUUACCUCCAAAUUGGUUUAGCAUUGUGUCCCAUCGAAUGCCACAUUUGUUUCAAGAAACUCAGAUUGAUUUGGGAAAUCAUGACAAGAUUUUCUGUUCUCACUGGAUAUCGCAUAAUGAAAUUGUUGUAGGAACAAAAUGCAAUAAGCUUUUAAUCCUCAAUGUCGAAACCAAUAAAAGGUUCGAAAUUCCAUUGGUCACCGGAAGUACAAAUAAUCAACCUCCGGAUAAUAAUAAUAGUAACUGUUCUGGAAUUCGAAGCAUCGCCGUGAAUCCUUCAAGAACUUUACUGGCUAUAGGCGCUGGAAACCCAACUCAAGUUAUGAUAUAUGAGUUACCUUCAUUUGAACCCGUUAUUGUAUUCUCGGGUCAUAAUGAUUUGGUAUUUUCCGUCGCUUGGCUGGAUGAUAGUCACGUUGUAUCAGGUUCACGGGAUGGUACAGUUCGUCUCUGGUCUAUCGAAUCAAAAAUAAUCUCCGAGAUGCCUUUACUACCAAACAAAUUUAUCAAUGUCCACCAACCGUUGCUCACUAGAUCAGAGUGUGGUGGCAAAGUUCGAGAUUUACAAUUCAACUCAAAGACAAAUCAAAUCAUGACCCUUUCAACUGCUGGUUAUGUUAAACUAUGGGACGCAUCAUAUCUUAACUCAAUAACAAAAAUCCCAUUAAUACAUACAAAUGAAAAUGUAUGUUUAUCAAUGAAUUCUAAAGUUAAUUUGUUUGCUGUUGGAUCUCAGGCGCAUAUAUCAGUUAUAGAUCCACGGACAUCUUCUAUAGUUCAUGAGAUCGAUUCUGUAGAUGAGGGUGUUCGAUCCUUAAACUUUAAUGAUCAUAUAAUUACAACUGGAGGUGGUUAUGGAAGGCUUUCAUUUUAUGAUAUGCGUGCUCAAAACUAUCUUUUAUUUAAUACAUCCAAUGAUGAAUCUUCGGUAACAUGUAACUAUAAAGAAACAGGUUCUGGUUGGUUGGUACGUAUUGAUAUGACUCCUCUCAAUAUUGAAAAUGCUAUUUAUACACUUUCAUAUGAUGAAUCAGGUACAAUGCUGUUUACAGGUGGUGGUCCAUUACAACUUGGAUUAAAAGGCUCGCAUGCAACAAUUUGGUCAUGA